AUGAUGGAAGCGAGUCGAUGGAAGGCGCUGCGGUACUACAGCGCCAUGCAGGACAAGACGGCCGUCGUGACGCUGUCCAAAGGGCACGAUGAAUGCAUGGCAUCGAAGCAGAUUGCAUUGCUCAUGGCACAUGACGUAGGGCCGUCGUGGAAGACGUUGCUCGGCUUGAUGGACAUGAAGUCGCCAUUGGGGGUGUAUCCACGCGCAGUGGUCAAGGCGGAAGAUGUGCAGCGCUGGGAAGUGGAUCUAUCCAAGGAGGACGUCCAUCGGUUGCUGCAGCUCACGUGA